GAACGGGCGUGAUUGGUAGCACUGUUGGCUGCCCGAGGAGAAAGAGGUGCGGUGUUGCGUGACUGGCUGCGAGACGACCGAGAGAGCGUGUGUGUUUGUUGUGUUGUACAGAUUUUUAAUUCUUCUUUCUUCGGGAAAGAAUCAGACCGUACGCUUGGAAGAGAAAAUGUCGUCAUAUAUCCAGGUUGCCGAGGACGAGGGCGACGAGCCGAUAGAACUGCCGACGGAAGAUGAUACCACACUCUUAUUGACCACCGUGACCGCCCAGUUUCCCGGAACGUGCGGCCUGAAAUACCGCAAUCCGGAAUCACGGACGAUGCGCGGUAUCCGUCUCGUUGACGGACGUCUUCAUCCGCCUGAAAAUGGAUGGGGCAAAGCAGUUUACUUUUGUGUCUUUCCGAAAGAGAACAAACGUAAAUCUGAUGACAAUUUGGAAAAUUCCACAGCUAAGACUAAAAGAAUGGAAACAAAGUUGCGUUGCACAGACUUGAUCGUACUUGGUUUACCAUGGAAAACUACCGAGCAGAAUUUACGAGAGUAUUUUGAAACAUUUGGAGAAGUACUCAUGGCUCAGGUAAAGAAAGAUGCGAAAUCUGGACAGAGCAAGGGAUUUGGAUUUAUUAGAUUUGGAAGUUAUGAGUCCCAAUUGAGAUGUCUCGCUCAGCGACAUAUGAUAGACGGUAGAUGGUGCGACGUCAAGGUUCCCAACAGUAAGAAUAUUGAUGGCUUAAUGAUGGCUCGUCAGUAUGAUACGAGCAAGCACAAUGAAUGCUACCGGCCUAUACCGGUUCAUACGCCGAAUAGUCGACGGGUACCAGUGGCGAAACCGUAUAUCAACUUAAAUGCAUCCGAGCCGGCUAACCCGCCUAGGUAUGAUUCGGAGUACGAUUAUAAAACGACCCAUUACCCGUCGUACCCGGCCAACUAUCCGUACGACGAUAACAAUAAGUACAAGUACGAGGGGCAGAAUUACAACGCGUACGAGAAACCAAGUUACCCGUCGUACGAGGACCCCGGGUACGACACACGGAAUUACAUGGUGCAGCAGCAGCAGCAGCAGCAGCAGCAGCAGCAGCAACAACAACAGCAGCAGCAGCAGCAGCAGCAGCAACAACAGCAGCAGCAACAACAGCAGCAGCAGCAGCAACAGCAGCAGCCGCAACAACAGCAGCCGCAGCACGCUGCAGCUGGCGCGCCUGCGAAUCCGCCCCCUAGUUACCCCACCGACGCUGAAUACCCAAGAUACCCGAAUUACGAGGGACGCGCCGCCGUCUAUCCAGUCAUGGAGAACCCAGACUACACGGAGAAGACUAGGUACAAUUACGGUUACGACCGUAACUAUUACGAAGGGGAUGGCCGGUACGCGUCCGCAGACUGCCGGUACCCGUUGGACCUCCGGUACGCAGACACAAGGCACGGGGAUAAUCGAAUACCGAAUGACGGUAGAGAGGCUGAUUGUAGAUACCCUGUGGACAACCGCGAAGCGGAGAGAAGAUACGCGGUCGUCGAUGGUAGAGAACCGGACGGUAGAUACGCGGUUGAUAAUAGAGAAGUGGAAGCCAGGUACCCACCGGACGGCAAGGAAGUGGAGGCCAGGUUCGUGGACACAGCAAGAUACCCAGCUAAGGAGAACUACUACGAUCGUUAUUACAAGCACCGUCCGUCGAGGGAUCAUCACGUCUCGGACACGUCAAGAUACUGAUGAGUCUUGUUACUAUCCGUAAAUAAACGAGUCACGACGCGAUGGGAAUAGACGUCGGCUAUUAUCGCGCGCCGGUGAUUCGGGGAUCAGACUUUGGUCGAACCGGUCUCGGGAGCGUGCGGCAAUUCUCUAUGUACCGGCGUGUCGAGCGGAGGUAGAUUUUACCGAGGACGCUUCGGUGGCGCGUGUCGAGGCACCGAUGACGAUUAUUUCCAAGUUGACACGUUAAGCGCCGUUGUCUGUCAACGAUGACCGACGACUCUGAAUGACUUGAAAGCAACGCUAACACGCUAGAUAAUUUAUGCAAGACGAAUAUUGUCCGAUAUAGGUGUAACUUGAUAAAUAUUGUAACGCGAGGAGAUUGUAACUCGUGGGAAACGAUGAAUAACUGUUUCUGCUUCUUCUUCUUCUUCUUCUCUCUGGUACCGUGUGAAAUUGCUCGUGAUUCAACUCGUGGUUUAUUUAGGAAAGGAAUGCGGAGAUUUGGAGCAUAGUCGAGCGUUGGCUCGUCGCGGGUGUCUUGUUUGCACGCUGGUUCGUAGAAAUUGUAUCGCGCUCUCUUGGACCGAGAACGGGAUAGCCCUUGACAAUUGACAUUGAUGGAAUCGUGUUUGUCUCUUCUCGAGAUCGUUUCCUCUUUUUUUUCGUCGGAUCGAGACGGGGUAGAAAGUGUAUUCCCAUUGACUCGUGAUUUUUGUUAAUAAAAAUCAUAGCAUACAUAUAUGCCAAUAUAAAAAGAGAAAAAAAAAGAAAGCAAGUAACGUAAUGUCUGAUAUUAGAAAUAGCCUCGAAUAACUGUCUACAUCUUUCAUCAAUUACAUGUGCUUAUAUCCAAUACUAAGAUAAUGUAAUAUAAUAUAUAGCAUGAGAUUUUACAUCGAAUAUAAAAAGAGAACACGGACACUGUAUAGACUUUUGUGCAUGGAUUUCAAGAGGCCAUAGUGCUUAAGUGUUGUUUUAUAUAUAUGUAUGUAUGUAUAUACAUAUGUAUAUGUAUACACGCAUGUACAUAUACGGGGUCGCAGAUUCUCGCAUAUAUACCUGCGUGUGUUGGUGUGUGUGUGUGUGUACAUAUAUACAAUGUGUAUAUUCCACUGGAAUCAACUUGUAAAUUUGACCAGCCGAGAAACCAUUAUUUUUCCGAGAUCGAAUAACUUAGACCAUUUGCGUAUCCAAGAAUUUUCUAUAAAACUUGACAUUAGUGCAGCUUACAGUUUCACAAAUAUUCCCUCGUUGAAAGAAACCUAAAACAAAAACAAAAAGAACAGAAAGAAAACAAUAGAAUUUUCUCGAGCCAUCGACUGAACGAUGAUGAGUCGCGUUAACGAUGUACCCGUUGACCAGGGGAUUUUUCAACUGCAGACAUGUACCGGGUGACGAGUAGAAAAUUGUUCGAACCGACUCGUUUCGUAACACAGACAGACAGACCAAUAUAAUUUCCACCGCGGAUCAUUACGACACUUCUCAUUGAACGAUACGUCUCGCGCGGGAGACGAGGAAGAACUAAAAAUAAAUAAAAUACACGCAGUUGAAAGUCCCGAUCGGGGUUCCCCUGGUCAACCGGUCGACCGAGAAGACCGGCAUCCUUUUUCCUAACGAAUCGGACCGGUGGCAAGCCGCGACGCGUACACACCUCAUGCAGUACAGAGAAAGCAUGCACUAUACGCAAGUUUUACCAGACGAAAAGCCAACAGAGAAA